UAUAUAAUAUUAACGUUACAGACAUUCCAUACGUCAGCUAUUCGAACGAUUCGUGCAAAAACAAGUAUUAAACGGCAAAACUUCGUAUGCUUUUGUGGUCCGUUACAGAGUUAGCUAGUUUGUUAGCAAGAUAAAAUUGACACAUACUAAACGUAAAUCUCAGGUAACGUUAGUUUUGUUAAUUCCCCCAAGAAGCCGCCGAUUAUUUGCACACGGAUCACAAGAAAAAUCAAAAGGAAGAAUAUGGCCCCAAGAAAGAAAGGCGAUAAGAAAAGGAAUACAGAGGAGGUUAUGGAAACAAAGGAGCCACAACAUUCUGGUGCAGAACCAUCAGAUGGCAGCAGCAGAGAAGAAAAAAUGGCACAGAAAAGGAAGAUAAAGCCAAAGAAAAAAUACAUAGGUGCUCACGUCUCAAUAUCAGGAGGAAUAUGGAAAGCAGUCGAAUCAAGUGUGGCCAUAGGAGGUCAUGCUUUUGCCCUUUUCUUGGGCUCCCAGCGCUCCUGGACUAGACCAGCCCUUGAUACAGCAGCUGCAGUUAAAUUUCAAGAAGCCUGUGCUCAACAUGGCUUUGAUCCGAUACACAUCCUUCCACAUGGAUCUUAUCUGAUGAACUGCGGUUCCCCCAAAGAAGACGUGUUCAGUAAGAGCCAGACCAUGCUUGUGGAUGAACUGAGUCGCUGCAGUGCACUGGGCCUCAGCCAGUUUAACUUUCACCCUGGAGCUUCUAUAGACUCCACCCCAGAGAAAUCCAUGGAGAAAAUUGCCCAAGCUAUUAACCACGCACACCAGCAAACCCCUGCUGUCAUUACAGUACUUGAAAACAUGAGUGGUCAGGGCAGCACUAUAGGUGGGCAGUUCAGUGAACUGAGAAGUAUAAUAGACCGGGUACGUGACAAGACACGUGUUGGGGUGUGUCUGGACACUUGCCAUGCUUUUGCAGCAGGCUACGACAUAUCACCACCUGGAGGAGUGAAGAAUAUACUUGAUGAAUUCGAACAUGUGGUCGGUUUGCAUUAUUUGAGAGCCAUUCACUUAAAUGACUCCAAAGGAAAAUUAGGCUGCCAUCUGGACCGCCAUGAAGACAUUGGACGUGGCCAAAUAGGCAUUACUGCUUUCCGAGAAAUUGUUAAUGAGCCUCGACUGGAUAAUAUCCCUCUGAUUCUAGAAACACCUGGUCGACCAGGUUUUGAGUAUGCUGAACAGAUAGAGCUCCUUUACUCCCUUUGUGAAAAAAAGAAGAAGAAUUAAACAUCUGCUUGGUGCCGGCUUCCAUAUUGGAGUUAUUAUUGGUGAAGCAUAAUAAAUGUUACACAUUUCAUAAGUCUCAGUCUACAUUUUGACCAUAAGAGGGAGCCAGGCGCCUGAAUAUGGAAACAAAUGUCAGAAGCAGCAACUGUAAAUCUGUUCAUUACAGCAUGUGUUUUCAAUGUUGUACAUAUUUUGCUUGUGCUCCCUCAUACCUUUCUUGUAAGAUAGAGGGAACUACUUUAACUUGUUGACCAUCUUCACACAUCAGCCCAGACCAGUUGCUGAGUCCCCACCUCAGUACAGAGGGUACAGCUCUGCCUCUGCACAUUCACAGCCCAUCAUUAGCUGGACCACACAAGAAUGCCACAUGCAGUCUUGCAAAAACACAUUUUUAGUAAAGCUGCCAUCUGUAAGCAUUAAAAUGCCAUUUAUGUGAUGACAUUGGCAACGGUAAGAUUUUGGGAAGUUUAACAUGCCAACGCCUAUAGAAGUUGUUUUAGACUUUUAAA